AUGAAUUCACAAGAAGUAGAUGAAUCGAUUUUGAAUCAUCUAUUUCUUCCGCAUGGAUUAUCAUCUUCAGCAAGUAGCGAUCAUUUAAUUCAAUCUGAUCAUCAGAAUGAAUACAAACUACUUCAGUGUAUGAAUGAUUAUUGGAAAUCGUUAGAUGAAAAUAAUCAAUUACCAAUAUUUUCAACUCUUAAAACUUGUACGGAGCGUUGGUCAACCAUACAAAACACGAAAAAGUGUUCGAUUUCAGUUUUACAAUCGAUCAUACAGAAUCUAUCACCAGGAGACUUUCUCCCACUUUACUUCUAUGCCCAAAAUGCUGCAAUUUUAAUUGAAAUCGAUGAAAAUUCUCCUGAUCAACCAUUGAUCUCAUCUUGGCAAGUCUUAUUGCCAACAAACGUGAUUACAUCAUCACUCGAACCACAUGUUUCUUGUUUUCCUGUUCCUACAUUUCGCUUACCUGACCGCUGUCAACUUUCAUCUACUGUCCACUGCGAAUUACUUUCAGAAUUUAUGAAUAAUACAAUUGAAUAUACAAAAUCCCAUAAAGCAUCUUACACAUUUGAUGAAACUCGAGAAGUACCUAUAUCACAUUAUGUAUGUCAAUGGUGGACUACACAUUUUCAAGGUGUUCAAAUCGAUAAUGACACAAACGCCUCCGUUUCAUUCAAGAAAAAGCAUCGUGACCAAAUCCGAUAUAAGAAUUCAGCAUAUCCUUUUCGAAGAUCAGGUUUAUGGAUGGCUGUGAAAGUUGUUUUUGAAAAUAUUCUAACAAAACGUAUGGGAACGUUAGGUCAUAUCGUUUACAAGUUGAUUAUCACUGAUUUUUUAACCAAUUACAUUCAUACGAGAAAAGAUCGAAGGAAUUCUUCGAGAUCUACGGAUGUUCUUGUGCAUUGUCUACGAAAGAUUGUACGACGAUUGAACAAAAUUGAUGUUUUGCUUCUAUCUGUUGACUCAAGCAAUAUAAAUCCAUGGAUACAAAAUACAAUUGAAAGAAUCAAACAAAAAGUCAAUAGUUUAACUCCGAAUUCCGACUGGCAAGAAGCUAUCGAGAAAGUUGACACGAAAGAAGCUCAACAAUUCCAACUGAAUUCUAGACAAUUUGAAAUCUAUCAACAUCCAUGUCGCAAACUCAAAGCUUAUCUCGAAAAAAGAUCGUCCACCUACUUCAAAUCGAUACUCCUAUGA